AUGAGCGAUCCGACAGAGCAGGAUCCCGAUUUUGAGCUUGUCGACGGUGCUGAACGCAAAUCAAGCACUUCCGAUAGCUUUGAGGCCGUGGACGACAAGAAAACAGGUGAAUUUGUGAAAAAAUAUGGAAAACGAGCAAUUUCUCUUUCAGACAGUCAAUCGGUGAGCGAAAAUGAGGAGGAGGACGCUGAGAAGACUUUAAACGACGAGAAAGAAGUGGAAGAGGAGAAGCCACAGCUUCCGUUCGUCGAUCAAUCGAUACUGGACGACGCGAAUCGACCAGUGGAAAAGGACGGUGAGCAGCUGGUCGAGGAUGCGUUGAACGCUCCGAUUCGACCUGAUCAGGAGCAGUUUUAUACUCCGGAGCACUCGAACAGGGCAAUAACACUGCUCAUCGGGUUCUCGGCGCUCAUGUUCACCGUUCCCCUUCUCGUCAUGGCCUCCCUCUACUACUGGGUCUUCAUUGGUAAGGAAUGCGUGAUUUUUCUGGUUUUUUCAGUCCAAAUUUGCAGAUUAUUUCCACAUGCCGCCAGCGGACGCGAUGCUCUACGCGGGAAUCGGUGCCGCCAUCGCCGUCAUCCUCAUCGCCGCCGCCUUCUGUUAUGUCGCGUGGAAAGAGGAGAAGGACGCAGAGGACAAGUUGAAGGCCGAGAAGAAAAGCGAGUAAUCGGUCGACUUCGAACCCAUAAUAACAUUGAAAUUGCCUUCAUUUUUUUUAAUCCUGUUCCAUUUCACUUUUCACCCCAGCUUUGGACCUCGAUUAGUUUCCCAAUGUGAUAGCAACGCACGUUUGUACAUACCGAAUGAAUGAUUUCACUUGUUGUUGCGGAUUUCUUUGAUAUUUUGCGUUUAUUCGCUGUUUUUAUACCUUUUCCCUUUCCCCCACUGGCCCUGUGACAACUCGGCGUAUCCGGGUCGUUUUGGUCUCUUCUCAUUGUUUUGCAUGCCAUGCCCUUGUUCUCAUUUCCUUUUCUCUCCAACCCAAUGGAUAUACCGAGUUGUUUGCAGUGAAAUGGCCACUCCCGUGCCGGCGUCGACGCUCCAAACCCUUCUGCCGAACUUUCGCGAUCAGGAGGUGCAGAGCGCCGUCAAGAAUCUGCUCGCCUAUUCCCUUGUCAUUCUCAUCGUCCCACUCGCCUCCAUGUUCCUUCUCAAACAGUACUUUUUCGAAGGUACCCGCGAUUAGCGUCUCAUUUUCACACACACAAUAAACGCGUUUUUCCACCGGCUCCUCAUUUCAGCGCUCCUCGGAUUUGCCGCCAACGACGCGCUCACCUAUUCAGCGAUCAUCGCCGUCAUCCUUGUACACGUCGUGCUCGCCGUCUGGCUCUUCGCCGCCACGAAACAAGAGGAUCGCAAGAAGCGAGAGAACAAACUAGACUGAGAGAUGCAGUCUGACGCACACGGUCCCCACUUUUUCCCCUUAUUUUUUGUCUCCUUCCUCCUCCUCCAUCACUUUUUCCACUGUACAUAGAAAAAGAAUAAAAUUAUUUGGGAAGAGCCCCCGCCCUCCGUCGAUUUUGGGAAGGAAACGAACGAAAAUGUUUGCAGAUGAGCCUGUGAAUCUCGGGUUCGGCUUGGAGAUCGAUCCCGAUGAGCUCUACCGCCUUCGCUCGCAAUUCCUUCCGCUCGGCAAGAUCGGAGGGAAGCCGGCGUGGCUCAACCCGAAAACUCUGCCAAAAUCGUCCGAUCUUUUGUGCAAAGUGAGUUUUCGGGCUAGGUUUUAGUGAACUUUUCAAAAAAUGUCAAGAAAGUAUAGUUUUUAGCUCUUGCGUGCAAAAAACCAAAAUUUUUUAAACAUUUCAUUAGGGUUUUCAAAGAUUGAAUGCGAUUUCAGGUAUGCCAAAAACCGCUGUGCUUCCUGAUGCAAGUUUCGGCAAACGGCGGUCCGUCUGACCCGGAGCACGCAUUCCAUCGCUCGCUCUUCCUCUUCGUCUGCCGCGACGCCACGUGCUCGCGUGCCAACGACGCCGCCAACCUGAAGGCGUUCCGCUGCCAACUGCCACGCUCCAACGCCUUCUACUCGUUCGACGGUCCCAUGGACGCCGAUUUGGACGGCGACGUUCCGGACCCGCGUGCGCUCGUCGACGGACCCGCGCUCUGCCGCAUUUGCGGGUGUCUGGCGGCGAAAAAGUGCGCCAAGUGCCAGGUUGCCAGGUGAGAAGAGAAUUUCUAAAAAAAAAGUCGAGUUUGGUGAUUCUCAGAUACUGUUCCCAAGCGCAUCAAGUGAUCGAUUGGCCGGCGCACAAAUUGGAAUGCGCGCAGGCGGCUGCCGACGGAAUGAUCGCUGACGAGCCGAGAAACCCGCGCAACGCGUUUGUCUUCAAAGAGUUCGGCGUCGAAAUUGACCAGGAGUACGUGCCGAGCAACCUUUUCCACGGGCUCAGCGACGAUGAAUCCGACGAGGAGGAGGAGGAGGAGGAGGGCGGCGGAGAAACCGACGAGACGGAGGAGGAGAAGCGGGCGCGGCUCAGAGAGUUCGAGAAGUUUUGCGAGAAAAAUAAGGGGGUAAGAAGGGAAAGAAUGAAGAUUUUCAACCGAAAUAUCCAUUUUCAGAAGAACAUUGACAUGACGAAAGAGGAUUUGGACGCGGCGACGGCCGAGCAGAAGAAGGACACGGACUUUGAGCGCUUCAACCGACUCGUCGCCCUCAAUCCCGAUCAGAUCGUCCGUUACAAGCGCCACGGCGUUCCACUGCGUGCCACGUGUCAAUCGGAGCUUCCGGAGACGGUCGAGCCGUGCGAACUGUGCGGAGCGCCGCGCCGAUUCGAAAUGCAGCUCAUGCCGCACCUCCUCUCGCUCAUCGACGUCGACGCGAUCGGUGAGAGAAAAAGCGACGAAAAACGGAAAAAUCGGGAAUUUUGCAGGUCAGAGCAUCGAUUGGGCGUCGGUUUACGUGUACACGUGCUCGGCGAGUUGCCAGAUUGCCGACGACGGAUACGCGAGAGAGUUCGUCGCCAAACAAGACUUCCUUUGA